CACACGUAAAAUAUAUAAUUGGUCUAUAUUAUAUGUGUAAAUUUGGUGUAAUAUUGAAGGGCCUCAUAUGUUAAUCCAGACGUAAGCUUAUUAAAACAUAUUCUACAUAAAUACGUAACCAUAAUUAUUCCUGCGUAGGUAUUUACUUCUUUCGCGACUGAUGCAAAUCAAUUGUAAGUACAAUUUCUCUAUGAUUGUACUUUUUUUUUUCUUUUCGGUGUAUGGGGAAGCAAGGAGUACAGAGAGUCUCUCGGAAGUGCGCUUGGCGAGAAAUCGGGAAAUUAUUAAAAAUAUCGGAAAAAUCGAGGAAAACGCACCGGGACACCGUGUGCGAACACGAAGGACGCGUUCGUCUUAAACAUCUGAUAUAAAUUGCAGGCAGAUACUCGUUAUUAACGAGCCAUUAUGCAAUCCGCCGAUAUAAUAGCCCCGUCGCUCGGUAGACGCGCUCCUCGCCAUCACGGGGAGUAACCGGCGUCCCGGCUGAAUGAGAGAAUUCAAAUCCUGAUAACCCCACUUGACGUCUUAUUGGGUAAUUAUUUAAUUCAAUUUUUUCCUUCUCAUUUGGCUUGCUCAUUUGCCGGCGCACUUUCGGGCACUUAGUCUGCGACCCUACUUAAACGGACGCGUGCAGACACGGCGGGUCCUAGACGCGUGUAACGUAAAUUUCCGCCUUACUCGACGCCCGUUAAAAUCCACAAUUUUAUAGUUAACGCCUCUAAUGAGCCGGAUAUAUAAUUUGCAAACUCCGGUACGGGAAAAAGACUCGAGGAAUUAUCCGGGGCCAUAUCGCACCUUGGUAACGAGUCCCUUCUCGGGGCCGUAGUAAUGGGCCUUAAAUUUCCUUUUAUGCGCAAGGUACUUACGCCUACGCGAGAUGUCUGACCAAGAUAUGACAACGUUUCUCCCAGGGUGCAAUAUUGUACAUGCCGGAGCACGGCAAUCCGAGAAAUUACUGGAAAACAUGUUUUACAGAGCGCCGGUAUAAAAGUCAGCCGAAUACAUUUUGCAGGAAUCACCGACAUCGCCCGGAAAUACAUAACGAUUGCCAUCGGUUCCAGAACCAUACCAUACAAAAUGCAACAUAUUAUAUAAAAUCUAUCCUCAUUCUUUGAUACAUCUUACGAGCCCUAUUAAUCAAUUUAUACAUUUCUUAAAUUUCUCCUCAUGAAAUUGAUUAACAUGACAUUUCUUAACAAUGAUUAAUCAAUCUCGGACCGUUGCCAGUUUGCGUAUCACCGACAAAAAUUAGUCCGAAGAUUAAAAUCCGCAGUCAGGUAACUUCGGGAAUCGAGCGGUUAACUCUAAUCCCGGGUUAAGUAAUCCUCGGUUAAGGAUUUUAACUCAUCUACAGAGUUUACAAGCUACAGCUUCAACAUGGGUACCGAGUUAUUGAUGGAAACCAAGAUUAUGUCUCCGUUGCAUCGUACACUGCACCGCUGCAUUUAGCAAUUGCAGUUGGAACAUCCGCACUUUCUCUUUGUCUAAGUACUUCGCAAGGCCUGGUUAAAUUCACCUCGGAAGAUAUUGUUUCCACGCAGGAAUGCAAUCGCCGUUAGACUGCACUCUGCCCCUUUUAUCACAUCCACAGUAUCCGUGUUCUACCGAGUGCACACAAGCAACCAAUUCCCGUGAGUUCCUCUACGGCAAGCAGACUUUCACCACAGGCGCGCGUUGCAUUUCCUUCGCUGCAGUUGCACCGCGACUAGGAAAAACCUUCGGUUCGGAAAAGUCGAAAAAAUUGCUACAUACAUCGGGCCGAUAGUGCAGAAUAUAACACAAUUCCCGGGUUCGCUAAACUUCAGAAGUGGGAUGGAGGACAAAGGCUUCGCGCAAUAAGUCCUUGGUCUAACGGGUGUUCGCGCAUGCGCACUCCGCGCGAAUCUAGGCUAGUCAGUUGCAUCCGAGUUUCAGCCAAGUGAGCUGCAUAGGUCAGUUGCAUCCGGCCCCUCGCAGCUCGUCUUCUCUCCCGUUUUCUCCUCUUCCCCCCUUUUCUCAUUUUCUCUUAUCCUUUCUUAUUUCCCUUCGACCUGCCUCAUUCUCCGCUCCCUGAUAACCCUGCAUCGCCAACAACGAGAGAGGGCUCGCCUGGCGAUGCAGGACAGAGGGGUGGACCUCGAGGAAGGGUUCAGGAGCAGGAACGUCCGCAGGAGGUUGUUCGCCGAUGACGAAGGGGGCCAGGAUGGAGGUCCAGGAGAGGAGGACAACCUGAAGAACCAACUGAACGAGGAGAUCAAAAGACACCGCGACGAGGCGAAGAAAAGGUGGAACUUCGAUUUCGAGAAGGAAAAGCCACUUCCAGGUCGCUUCGAGUGGACGAAACUCGACGAACGAGGAAACGAUGUUCAUUCGGACGAGGAGGAAGAGGGAAUGGGCUCCAAAGAGAAGAACAAUACCGAGGAAAAGGAGAAAGAGGAACAGACUGACAAUAAUGGCUGCGAGGCCGACUACGACAAUGACGUUAACGUUUCCGAAAAUAUUCAAUCCGGAAACAUAGUCGACUCUCGUUGCAAAUAGUGCUAAUCAUUCUUUGCUUCCUAAAAGAAACUGAUAUCGAAGGAUCAAGAUAAGUUGGUAGCCCGCGUGACGAUAAAUCUUAACGAUUUUCGAUAGAUUAGAUAUACAUUCGAACGAAUUUAUCGCGACGAUUUAUCGUAACGUGAGUACUCAUUUACAAUCGGAGCAACGAAUUUUCGAUUUCCUGGGAUUUCGAAUCCAGGAUUUUGUGCCUGCAGCGAUGAGAAUCAAAAGUCCGUCGCUUUUAUCCACGCACAGAAACGAGAGUUAACGCUUACCAAAUAAUUUCAACAGUUUGCCAAAAAGUCAUUCAACGAGGAUUUCCUUCUCUUUUAAAUAGCUUAGGGUCGACUGCUUGUUCCCUUGACAUUUCUUGGUAAAUGGAGGAUUCAUCGCAGUACACGGUAAUCACGGAAUUGCGGUUUAAUAAGACGUUGAUAAGGAUCACGGUGCAAUGCAAUUUCAAACGCGAGAGGGUCUUAACUUAUUCUCCUUGAGUAAAAAGGGGAAAAAGGAAUCAUAGCUGCAAGAAAUGCGGAAUUUAAUUCCACUCUAGUCAAAAAUAACGAUGCGUAAAAGGCGCGUUAAUUCCGUUUAAUUGUACACUGAGAAAAAAAAUGUGAUCGACCUAAAGAUAUAUUUCGCCAACUUGAAAGGUAAUUCAUUGACUGAAAUAAACUCGAAUAAAUUGGAUUAUUUCAGUUAAAUAAUUAUUCAUUGAAUGAACAAAAAUAUUUCAGUGCUUCAAUUACAUUUUUUUCUCUCAGUGUAUUAGAGUCGUCGAGCCAAAUCCCUAUUAACCGUGUGUCCAUGAGGCAAGUGCGUUUAAUUAUUUAUCUUAAUUUUUAUUUAACUUAUUAUAUAUACCGUCGCGGUCGGAUGUCUCUCGUACACCAAUUCGACACAACGUGCAAUACGAAACGAUUAUUUAUGUUCUCCUCCAAGAAUUACGUGUACACACUGGAUGUUUUUUACGCCGAUUAAAUAAUAUAUUUGUAACUUUA